GACACGGCGCAGCACUACAAUCAUCAGUACAACAGCGCGACGCACUUCUUAUCUGCAUUGCACGUCACGUGGCGCUAGGACAAGGAAGACAAAAGCUGGGGAAAUCUGGCCCUUCUGGGCGCUUUUGUUCACGAAAGACAAGUACUGUACAGUCUGUAGUUGGGUGCCACUCUUCUUAUUACUAGUAUUUAGCUGAGGCUGUGAACCAUGGUGAAGGAGCGGCGCGUCGUCGUAGAAGAGAUGCAAAAUACUAUGCCAGUCACGAGUAACACGAUUGCCGAUUUGUUAUUUCCUUUAGGUCGUCCUGUCGAUUGUUGCUGUUGCUGCGUUUGUGCGCGAUGGAGACUGACAGGUUACUGUCGAACAGGAGCGGAGAGUUUGCUAGACGCUCCUACUCGUCUACAGCAUCGCAUACAACCUCUCGCACGCACAGCGGCGGUGUAGAUGGAGAUCGAGAUUCUCCCGACUGUGCUUCCGGCGAUUUACCUUCAGCUCACGGACACCUGCCAGGACUAUCGGUUAGAUCCGGAAAGUCACGGAGGAUUGCUGCUGCGACUAGUUCACGAGAUCAUGUAGCUGCAGGAGGAAUCGACGAAAUGGAGGAUGUGGAUAGUGGCUUGGAUGAUGACGCGGUGGAAGACUAUCUCAUGGUGCGGACGCUGCGUAGCAUCGAAGGUAGCCGUGAUUUCACCAUCAUCGAGGCCCUUGACAACAAUGGCAUCGGGCCGUUUCACUAUCGCCUAGUCUUUGUGAUCGGGCUGAUAUCGGUAGCAACGGGUUUGGGCUCGACCGGAUUUGCCCUGUUUCCACCCGUGGCACGUUGUCACCUGCACUUAUCGUCGCUAGAAGAAGCUGUCCUGACGAGCUCUGGGUUUCUAGGUGCAGCGUGUGGUGGUGUUGUAAUGGGAUACCUGGCGACAAGACUGGGACGCAGGCGGCAGUUAGUCAUAAUGAUCGUGUGGAUAGCGGUGGCUGGAUUCGCCAGUGGCAUUGUAGCCAACUAUUACUGGCUACUGGCUUUACGAUUCGUUGUCGGCCUGGGGCACGGUGGAACGGGACAGCGCGUGUCGAUUCUGUUCGAGAACAUACCGUCGCGUCACCGCAUGCUGGGAGCGGCCGUUCUGACCUGUUGUUUCAACGUCGGCAACUUCCUGGAGGCGAUGGCCAUCAAGUUUCUGAUCCCGACGGGGGCAAGUGUGGCGUGGCGGUAUGUUCUGUUCACGGAUGCCAGCAUGUUUGCACUGUGUGUGGUGUUUCAGUGCUGGAUAGCCGAGUCACCGUACUACCUGCUCAACAUACGCGGUGAUCGCGAUGCAGCGCUGAAGCAGCUGCAGCGUGCGGCGCGCAUGAACGGAAAGACGCUGCCCGCCGGCCGCCUGGUGUCCGAAGAGGAGAAGAGUGAACUGAGCCGCUUGCAGAAACGAUGCACCUCCGCCACCAGUCAAAGCACCCUGCUAGGAGGCACACCUGAACGCUCAUCUUCACCGGAUCAUUCGAGAUCACCAAGGAGCGUGGGUAGUGAUGGCGUUAUCACACGUACUAACAACUGCCCCGAAGCAUCUUCAGCACACAGCCUACAUCCGGCAAGCCACACCAAGUCGCCAGCUGCUGCAGCGAGUCUAGCUGAUUUUACUCGCAACAAGGAGCUGCGCAGGACAACUGCUCUGCUGGUCGUUUCCUGGGUAACACUGGCUGUUGCCAUGGUUGGCUGUACGAUAAUGAUUGAAGAGGUGCUGCAGGAGAGGCAGUCAACGCACGGAAAGUGCACCGGACAUUUUGAUGUGUUCCACGGUGGCAAGUGCGAUCAACUAUCAUCGAGUGAUUACACGCCCAUUAUCCUCAUAUUCCUUUCGGAAUUCCUGGCACUCUUCACCACCUACUAUUCCGCUAAGAUCCUGGGUCGGCGUGUAGCGCUUACUGUGUCCUUUGUGAUGUCAGGUAUCUUCUUUGCACUGUUACUGAUCUGCCCGGUUUCGCUUGGCGUUACAACGUUCCUUCUAGCCGGCUGCAGAAUGUCAGUGACAACAGCGUGGAGUUUGAUGAUUAUCUACACCGCCGAGGUGUACCCGACGUACAUGCGGGGAAUCGCCGUGGGCGUAUCGCGAACACUGUACCGCGUUGGCUGCGUCAUGGUGCCAUUCAUCUCGCAGGUGCUGCUGCGCAAGUCGACGUACGCCAGCAAGGGACUACACGCCGGUGUGUGUGCUCUGACAGGACUCAUGCUCCUACUGUUGCCCAUUGAAACCAAGAACAGGCAUCUGGAGGAGCGGUGAAGAAAUUAUCUGAGACCGAGAAAGCACUACACAACCAAUAUGAAUAGCACACAGCUUGUACUGGCUGGUGUUCAAGGUAUGAAGUUAUACUUCCACUGUGGUGGCUGAGACACUCUGUAGGAAAUUGCAAAGAACUUGGUGAUACAUCUGAAAGGAUUUUGUGAACACAGCAGAAAGUAUGUGUCACUGCCUGUGUUGAAGGUCCAUUGUAUCAUUAUCACUAGCUGUCAACUAGAGCUGGUCAUGUGAACUUACUAGAGUACUGCCGUUAGUAGGAUUAGGUGAGGAACAGUAAUAUUUGUGAAAAAAAGAUUUAUGCAAUUGUUGCUGCGAGAGGUCCCACGAAACGGCGUUUGAGAAGUCCGUGUUAUAUCGCACACAAGCCGGCUUGUAGGGUAUGGCUGUUGAGUUUGGAAGUUUACACGUGCACUAUCUACUGGUGAGGAUGAAUACCACGCUGUACGUAGUGUAGUCCACUAGCAUACACUUUAUGAUCUAUAUUAGCCCAGCUACUGGAAGUAAAGACAGUAAGAGUCGCGAUGGCAGAUACUUUGCCAAUAUACCUGUUAUAAACAAUUUGAAUCCCCCUCAAGAUUUUACCUCCCAUGUUUAUGGGUAAACAUGUUCUCAGCAUUCUCUUACCACUAAGUGAGCUCUUUGCUUAUUCACUAAAGCUAUCAGAAUAGUACUCGAGAACAAGUUUUCAUGCAUCCACGCAAUUAACGCAUGUGAUGUCAAUUGAUCAAAUAUCGUUGCACCUAG